GAUUGAAUUCAAAAUUUACCGAGUAAAUUCGACGAAUAUGUGAUUAUACACUUUUUUAAUUAUGGCUCAUACGUUAGAGACAAAAAUUUCGUCUCCAAGCACUAUCAUUAAAAUCAUAACUGAUGUAUCGUCGGGUUCAGAAAGAAAUAGUCACGACGUCAACGACACUUCCAAAGAACUUGAAAAAGGUGAUCGUGAACAUAAAGAAUCCAGUUCAACCCAAACCAGUUCUUCCUCCAGUCUAUUACAUAAAAAAAAAUCACAUUGUUAUUAUGUUCCUAAUAGGAUUUAUAAACCUCCAAAUAAUUACGCUUACGCAUUGCUCAAUCGACCAAAAAGAAAUUCCAAUACAACUACCCAAAAAAUUAUAUCUGCCAAAUUUCUUAGGGUAAAACAAUUACAAAAUGAAAUUACCGAAGCUCAAAAAAAAAUUUCAGAUUUACAAGAAGAAAAUCGAACUCUAAGAAAUAUUCAAAUAAGACAAGAUUCAGCUCUGAGAAAAUAUCAAUCCCAAGAAUCGCAUUUACCUCAAUUAAUGAAAUCUCACGAAGAAGAACUACGUGUGCUCACUAUAAAACAUAAAAAAUUACGAAGCGCUUAUAAUGAACUGGAAUCACGCCACAAUAAGCAGUGUACAGAGUUAAUGAAUAUGAAAGAUCGUCAUAAACAUUUGCUUCAAAUUUCUCAAGACAAGCAUUUACUUCAAAGAGAACAACUGGCGAAACAAAUUGAGGAAAUGAAAACUGUGAUGAACGAUUUGAAGAAUAAAAUUAAGCUGCAGUCGCGUCGACUCGACUUGGAAGCAAAAAAUUUCAGAUAUCAACUUUCUCUUGAGGCUGGUAAACAGAAAACUUUGCGGGAACAAUUAAAACAGACUCAAGAUACAGUACAAAAGUUACAAGUAGAAAUUAAAGAUAAAGAAAGGUACAUGGCCAAUUGUAAAAUUAAUCAACAAAUUUUAAAUAAAAUGAAUCAAUUACGACUGAAAAUGCCUGCGAACAGUGGAAAAACAAUCUCCAGAAUUUGCUCAACUUUUGGAGAAAAUCGAAGUAACGGAGUUUCAUCUAGCGAUGAUAAACACCUGAACGAGAAUUUUUCAAGCGACAGUGCUCAUAAAGAAUCAACAUUCAAGACAUCUGAUGAUUCAGAUGAUGAUUUAGUAUCGAAACCAAAUUUCAUCGACAAAUUAAAUGACGAAAAAGAAAGAAAACCUUACAGUUUUGAAAGUGGCAGCUUACCUUCCAUAAAUCAGAGUAAUUUUUAUUCAGCAGACACUAAAUCAAAUUUAUCAGAAACUGCUGUAAAAAGUCCGUUCAGUUCGUACUUCGAUUUGGAUUAUUUACCUAAAUCAAAUCAAAAUUUUAAGAACGUAGAAAUUCCGAUUAAAAAUAAUUCCGAUGAUAACAACAACGUUAAACUUCGCCUUUCAUUUGACAACGGAACACCAAGUAGACUGGAGCAGAGAAGGAAACUAAGCAGUGCCGAAAAUAACUUUCCGAAUGAAUUUCAAAAAGAAGAUAAUUUUGAGCUGUAUGACGCUAGUACCGAAAAAAGCGAUGAACUUAAAGAUUUGGAUGAAACGGUGUCCUGGUUGGAGUUUCAUGAAAAAUUUAAUCAUGAAAACGAAUAUGUUGAAACGAAAGUAGAGUUGCGAAAAAAAAGCGUCAAUAAGGAAAUCAAAGUAAUUAACGAUGAUAAUCUACCUUACGAUAAAAAAUCAGCUUUGUUAUCGGCGCUUCGAGAAAUUGAUUUGGAAAAUAAUGACAAAAUUUUGAAUACACUGACAUCACCUAGAAAUGUAAGUAAAUCCGAGGAAAAACCUGAUCAAAAAAUUACCAAAAAUGAUAAAUUUAAGUCUAAUUCAAUGUCGUUAAAAAAUUCUAUUUAAUUUUCUUUUUUUUUCUUUUUUUCUAUUUUUGUAAGGAUAUUAUUAUUUCGUAAUUUAUACCCAUUUCUAAAUUUGCAUUCAUGUGAUCAACAUUUUUAAAACAAAUAAAUACCUACCUAUAAUAAAAUGUGUAACCUAUAGUAUAAAACUUGUUAUUUUCCAUGAGAAAACGAAUAGUUUGAAAUUCUAAUGGUAAAUGAAUGAAAUUUAAAUAAAAACAUGUAUUAUUUGAAAACUUAGUAAAAUUCGAUAGCGUACAAUUAACAUAUAAAAAGAUAUUGUGGUAACAUACAUCUUUAUAUUACAAAAAUUACAUUUGGAAGUCAUUUUUGAAAAAUUUAGAAGUUGUUCUUGGAUAACUUUCAAACACGACAAGUUCGAUCUUCGAUCAAACGUAUUAAAUUUCUCCCAUCGCUACGAUAAUAUUAGACAAAGCGGUUCUCGCGUCGCUCUCUUGAAAUACUUCUAAUACUUCCAUAGCUCGUUGAGAAUGUUCUUUUUGUAA